GUUGCAAGUUGGGGUGCUUACUUGCUCUCUCGAAACAUCCUACCAAUUUCAUUUGCGCCAAAAGACACACAUGAAGCUCAAGUUCAAUUUGCCCUUGAGCGAGGAGUUCCGGCAUUGAUUGGUAUUUUAGCUACUAAAAGGCUGCCUUACCCUGCAAGAGCUUUUGAUAUGGCGCAUUGUUCUCGCUGCCUCAUCCCUUGGGGACGAUAUGAUGGGCUGUAUUUAAUUGAAGUUGAUCGAAUUUUACGUCCUGGUGGGUACUGGAUUCUUUCUGGACCACCUAUAAACUGGGAAAAUCACUGGAAGGGCUGGAAUAGAACAGCCGAAGAUUUGAAAGCAGAGCAGGAUCAAAUUGAGAGCGUUGCGAGAAGCCUAUGCUGGAAGAAAGUAACUCAGAAAGGCGAACUAGCAAUUUGGCAGAAGCCUACUAAUCAUAUGCAUUGCAAAAUUAACCGGAAGGUCUUCAGGAAGCCACCCUUUUGCCAGGAACAAGAUCCAGACAAAGCAUGGUACACCAAGAUUGAUGCUUGUUUAAAUCCCCUUCCUGAAGUGUCUAAUGUUAGAGAUAUUGCUGGAGGGCCACUGGCGAAUUGGCCGGAAAGAUUGACUGCCGUCCCUCCUAGGAUUGCUAGUGGAAGUAUUGAGGGAGUUACUGCAGAGGGCUUCUCUAAAGACACAGAAUUGUGGAAGAAGAGAGUCGCCCACUACAAGGCCCUGGACUUCCAAUUAGCAGAACGUGGAAGGUACCGUAACAUACUUGACAUGAAUGCUUGGUUGGGAGGAUUUGCAGCUGCACUUGUUGAUGAUCCAGUUUGGGUCAUGAAUGUCGUCCCUGUUGAGGCUGAAGUCAACACCCUCGGAGUUAUCUAUGAACGUGGUUUGAUUGGGACAUACCAAAGCUGGUGCGAAGCCAUGUCUACGUAUCCUAGAACUUAUGACUUCAUACAUGCUGAUUCUGUUUUCAGCCUCUACCAGGACAGAUGUGAAAUGGAAGAUAUAUUAUUGGAAAUGGACAGAAUAUUAAGGCCACAAGGCAGUGUAAUUUUCCGAGACGACGUAGAUGUUUUGGUAAAUGUGAAGAGCAUAAUAGAUGGACUACAAUGGGAUAGCAGGAUGGUUGAUCAUGAAGGCGGUCCUCAUGUUAGGGAAAAGCUUCUAAUUGCUACUAAGCAGUAUUGGACAGCACCAGCCCCUGACCAAGAUAAACAACUUUCAUAGGCAUCAAUGAAUCUUCUAAGUAUAGUAGUAUUACAAUCUGGCCAAUUCUUUACUUCCUUUGUUGAUAAAUUUUGUUUGUUCAAUGGGCUCUUGUGAUUUUUCAUUGACCUCUCUAUCUUUUUUUGCUUCAAAAUAAACAAGAGGAUACUGAGGUUUUCCCCUGAGAUUAGUCUUUUACUAUUUGAGGUUCGAACAGGGCUUGUAAGAUUUUACUCCCCUACACUUUAACAUUUUGAAAUGCAAAAUUUGGUACAGAGACAAAUUUGGUCUAACAGCUUGUUUGGAUGGUUGUUACAUGUUGUA